UAAGAAGUGGUUGUGUAAGUAAUAUUCUGGAUAUCAUAGAAGUUGCUUAUGGUUAACAACUAUUGUACAGAGGAGAAAAGCCUUGCGAGGAAGUCUGCGGUGUAUGAUUUUCGGGAGACAUUGAUAUUCCCAGCUGGCUGGUUUCUGUUCUGUCUGUGCAAUGAUGAUGCUGACCCCCUGGAUCUGGCUCCUCCUCCUGGGGCUGCCCCGCCCCACCCCGUGCCGAAGCCAGCGUUCCGAACCCGUGUUCGCCUCGGUGACCUCCACCCUGCUGCCCCCGGACUACGAGAACAACCCCACCCAGCUGAAUUAUGGGAUGGCCGUGACCGAUGUGGACGGCGAUGGGGACCUGGAGGUGGUGGUGGCGGGGUACAACGGUCCCAACCUGGUCUUGAAAUAUGACCGGAACAAGAAAAGGCUGGUCAACAUCGCCGUGGACGACCGCAGCUCCCCAUACUACGCCCUUCGGGAUCGCCAGGGCAACGCCAUCGGUGUGGCAGCAUGUGACAUUGACGGAGACGGCAGGGAGGAACUUUAUUUCCUCAACACCAACAAUGCAUUCUCAGGACGAGCGACCUACACGGACAAGCUCUUCAAGUUCCGCAACGGACGCUUCGAGGACCUGCUGAGCGACGACAUCAACGAGCACCGAGACGUGGCCAAUCGCAUGGCGGGGCGGUCGGUGGCUUGCCUGGACAGGAAGGGGACAGGGCGCUACGCCAUCUACAUCGCUAACUACGCCAGUGGGAACGUUGGGGCACACGCCCUCCUGGAGAUGGACGAAGCUGCCAGUGACCCUGCCCGAGGGGUCAUCGCCCUGUCCAAUGUGGCCGAGGAGGCCGGGGUCAACAAGUUCACAGGGGGCAGGGGCGUGGUGGUGGGACCUAUCCUCAGCCAGACCCGCUCGGACGUCUUCUGCGACAACGAGUACGGGCCCAACUUCCUGUUCCGUAACAACGGGGACGGCACCUUCACAGACGUGGCAUCGACGGCAGGAGUUGAAGACCCCAUGCAGCACGGUCGAGGGGUGGCACUGGCUGACUUCAACCGGGACGGGAAGACCGACAUCGUCUACGGCAACUGGAACGGCCCGCACCGCCUCUUCCUGCAGCUCAGCACCCAUCGGAAGCAGAGAUUUAAGGACAUCAGCACGCAGAAGUUCUCCAUGCCCUCCCCCGUGCGCACCGUCAUCGCUGCUGACUUUGACAACGACAACGAGCUGGAGGUGUUCUUCAACAACAUCGCUUACCGUGGAGCGUCGGCCAAUCGGCUGUUCAGGGUGGCGCGGCGGGACCACGCGGACCCUCUGAUUGAGGAGCUGAACGUCGGGGAGGCAGCUGAGCCGGACGGCCGCGGGACAGGGGCGACCGUGACGGACUUUGACGGAGACGGACAGCUGGAUUUACUGGUGUCCCAUGGAGAGAGCGCCGCCCAGCCCAUCUCAGUGUACAGAGUCAGCCAGGGCUCGUCCAAUCGGUGGCUGCGUGUGAUCCCCCGCACGCAGUUUGGCGCCUUCGCCCGCGGGGCCAAGGUCGUGACCUACACCAAAAGGAGCGGCUCACACACACGCAUCAUCGACGGGGGCUCAGGGUACCUGUGCCAGAUGGAGCCUGUCGCCCACUUCGGACUGGGGAAGGACGUGGCCACCAGUGUGGAGGUGUUUUGGCCUGAUGGCCGCUCUGUGGCGCGGCCCCUCGAACCCUCUGACAUGAACUCCGUUCUGGAGAUCCCCUACCCCGUGGAGGAGGACGAGGGAACCCCCGCCACGGAGAUUGAGGUAGGGACUCGGGAGUGCUGGGAGCACUGUCCCGAAUGUACAGACCAAGACGAGUGCACCGAGUUCCCCUCUGUGUGUCCGCGAGACCGCCCGCUUUGCAUCAACACCUACGGUGGCUUCAAGUGCCGCGCCACCAAGCGCUGUGGCCAGGGGUUCGAGCCCAACGAUGAGGGGACGGCAUGCGUCGCUCAGGUGGCCUACUUUGAGGGAAACCGCUCCUCUGCCGGUGGGAUUCGGGCUCUCCUCUCGCACUUCUCCUUGACCCUGCUGGCCUUCUUCACUCUGACCCUGCUGGCCUGACUGGCCUAGCGCUCCCUCCUAAAUAUUCCCCCCCGCCACGACCCCCCCUUUCUGCUUGGCUGUUUGGGAUGCUAAGAGAAAGGGCUAGGAGGGAGAAGCUCAGACCUCAAACACCCCUCCCCAUCCCCCCCCAACUCCUUCUUGCUGUGUCAUCUGCCUGGCUCCUCCCCCCUCUUGGCUCUAGCCCCUCCCAGAACUGAAGAACACACACCGAGCAUGCUCACUGGGAGCUAAGAGGGGAUUUUCUGGGCUAACUGGAGGGAAAAAAAAAAAAAAAAAGUGUG